AAAUUGUUUUUGGUGCUGAAAUAAAAUAGUAUCGCUCGUAAUAGCUUUCAGUUAUGAAUAACAGCACGCUGUUAAUAGCAGCGUAGUUAAUGUUAAAAUUCUAUCGCUGCUGUUAUGGCCACUGAUAGAAGAAGAAGACGAAUUUGAUAAAGCCGAAAAAAACAAAAAUAAUCCAAACAAAAUUGUUUAAAAUGACAGACGAAGCUAAUUUUGCGGAACAAAUAGUUAAUGAUAAAAACAAAACAAAUGUGCGCUGUCAGUUUUGCAACAGUCUGAUGCUAAAAGCCAAAGAGGGCACCUACGCUGAGCAGCAAAUAGACGUGCCGCUGAUGAUGCAAAAGAAAGACAGCAAAGCCGAUGCGCUCAACACGGAGGCACUGCAUCAUUUCUGGCUGGUCGAGGACAUGAUGUCAUUCGAGAACAUCGGCUUCUCGCACACCGUCGACGGCCGCAAGUUUCUCGUCUGCGCCGACUGCGAACGUGGUCCGGUCGGCUACCAUGAGCUCGCCAGCAAGCGCUGUUACCUGGCCCUGAAGCGUGUGGUGCAUGCGGACGCCUAAGUGGGCACUGGUAACAAUCGGAGGGGUCCUAUUCUAGCAAAGACAUGCACUGCCAGUGCGGCAAGCCAACGCGUUAGCCCAAUAUUAAAUUGCUUUUAUUAUACUCUGUUCACAUGGCGCACAACGAGCAUAUUGGCUUUGCGUCCUCACGUCUGUCUGUCCGUCCGUAAAGACUCGCAAAUUCAAAUAUAUGCGCUUUAGCUAAACUGUUCCGAUUAUGCUGAAUGCGCCUAAUAAGAGACGCAUCUAUUGUAUAAAUCUGUAUCCUUUAUAGUUUCGUAGCCACAGUUCAUAAAAUUGGUAGGUAGAUCCUCCAACAUAGAGAAUAGAAUAUAUAAUAGAAUAUAAGUUUUAAGAUUUAAGUUAAAGACUCGCAAACUAAAAUUUAUAUGCUAGAGUGUAUCCGCCUAAGCUAAACUGUUCCGAUUGUUCUGAAUGCGACUUCACAGUCUUGUAGCCGCAGCUCAUAAAAUUGGUAGAUAGAUCCUAUUAGAUCUAAAACAAAGGUUUUAGGAUUUUCUAAAUCGAGAAAGUCUAUAUUCUUCACAGCUCUUAACCCGCUUCUUAGUUAAAAAACAUGCCAUGUCCAGGCAAUAUUUGACAGUUUAGGAGUUACUGUCUACAGUUUUGGAGCCACCAUAGCUAUCGGCUUGUGUGUCUGCGAACAGAGUAUUGGCUAGUCGGCUGCAGCCGACUCUCGUAAUUGUAAGUGUAAAGUGAAAAGUGGUUCACGUCAAGACAAAAAGAAACAAUUUUUAUGAUUUAAGCUAAUUUGCCCAACCGUAGAUAAAA